AAAUCGUGCCUUAACAUGCUCAGAAUAAUGCACACUUCCACUUUCCAGCACGUAAUUUUCCCCAAACCUAUUUAUUCACAACACGCAAAGCAUUAUAAUAACCAAAUCCCUAACUGAAAAAUAAAUCACUGGCACAAUGAGAAAGCAAAUACAAAUUAAUUCAUCAACAGUUAUUUGUUUGGUGCUGUUAUUACUUGCCACUGAAACUGGAAUUAUUUACCGGGUUGCCCAUGGAGCUCAACGGAGAAUCCAAAUCUCCGACGAUCUCGACGACGUCGUUGACGAUGAGGAAGAUGACGUUUGGAGAGAAUGGGGCCGAAAGAAAUCGGCCGAAUCCGAUUUCGAUCCGCCGCCGAUGGAUUUUAGCACGAUGAAUCCGUCGGAAAUUCAAUCGGAAAUGAUGAAGCGGCAGUCGGGUCCGGUUUUUGGAUUUGCCAAACUCCGACUUGGAACUCGUCGGACUCCGGAGAAGGUUUCUGAAAUAGCCAUGAAAUGGACCAAACUAGCAAGAACUGGAGCUAUUGAGGCAAAAUUCAUAGUCGUCGAUGUGAGCACGAUCAUGUUCACUAUGGAGAAAGGUCAAGACACUAUAGAGUUGAAAGAGUUCUUGUUAAGCCAACGAGAAGCAUACGAGGUUAAAUUAGGGGACCAACUUUUUCGAAGACCAGGAGAUCCUCCUUUUGAAGAAGCAUUUGAGAAAAGCAAGGUGGAUCAUAUCAGCUCAAAAGAGAAGAAUAGGCAUAAUGAACUGUGAUCACCAGAAAAACCUCUUAACAACUAAUUUCUGAUUACUUAUAUUCUAACGUGUACUAUUAGAAUUGCAGGUGUAAGCGGCUGGCAACUAAUUUGAGCUUACUAUUUUCUGUUCUAUUUGAAAGUAAGUUAUACAUCAUGAAUUCAUUAUGAACACCUUUUGCCGGGGAAUUUUUGUUGUUGGAAUGAAUCUUAUAAGGGAAUGAUGACAAAACAAUGAUUUUUUAA